UGACACUUUUGACAGCUGAUGGGACAGGUGUUUGUUUUUGGUUUGCUGAAAUUGUAAUUAAAAUCUACGCUUUCCGUGAAUUGUCAUCAAAUAGCUAUCAGAGAUAAGACAAAAAUAAUUUUUAAACUAUUUUUUUCCAAAAAAUUCUAGUGAGAAUUUUAUGAUGUCUCUGGAAAAUAAGUAUAAUCUUAAGAGUCCAGGAGUCAAACGGUUGAUGAGAGAAGCUAUUGAACUAGCAAACCCUACGGAAGAAUACUAUGCUUGUCCCUUAGAAGACAAUUUAUUUGAAUGGCAUUUUACAGUACGCGGCCCUCCUUCUACAGAAUUUGAAGGAGGUUUCUAUCACGGCAGGAUUUUGCUACCCUCACAGUAUCCUAUGCAACCACCCAACAUAAUAUUACUAACUCCCAAUGGAAGAUUUGAAGUGAACAAAAAGAUUUGUUUAUCGAUAUCAGGACACCAUCCCGAAAGUUGGCAACCGUCAUGGUCAAUUCGAACAGCUCUGUUGGCAUUAAUAGCAUUUAUGCCGACACCAGCAGCUGGUACUAUCGGAUCUUUGGAUUAUACAGCUGAAGAACGACAAAUUCUUGCCAAAAAAUCUAAGUCAUGGGAAUGUCCCACUUGUGGUAAAAUAUCUGAGAAACUGUCAUCACAAAAUGGUACCAGCCCUGAAUUAACCCAAGAGGAGUCCUCUUUAUUGAAACAAAUUGCCCUCAAGGCAGAAGAAGAAGCUAAUCGAAAGGAACCGAAAGUUGAACAGAAACAGAGCGAGACCAGUACACAAAAUAAUGUUGAAAAUGCGGAAAUACGUCAAAGGAUUGCCGCUACUGCAGUCAUAACUAACACCGAUUCCACACGUGGACCAGUUUCAGACAUUUUAUUAGAAACUUCAAUAGAGAGAAGCAACAAAGAUAAAUUUUGGACAGCAGCUAUUUGGAUAAUUGUAACCGUCAUAACUCUUCUUGUUAUUAGGCGAAUUUUUUUCCUAUAAUAAGGUAUGUACAUAAAUAAUAGUAAAUUUUAUAUUGUGAAAUACUGUUUAUUUAUUAUCUACCAAACUGUAUUAUAUUGUUGGCAUUAUGAGGCAUAUUGUUGAUGGUGCAAAUCAUAAAUGUUUGCUACCAAUUCCGUUUUUAUUAUAAGUUGUAAAUGUAGAAGAUAUGUAUAUGAUUAUUUGUAUAUUAGAUAGGGCGAGACAAGAAAGUUUUAAAAUAAAAUAUUCAGAGGAA